UGGAUUCAAGGACUCGAGAUCGCUGCGCGCUUCGCAGGUGUACCAAUGAAAGAGAUCCAGCAGGUACUCGAUUGGGACGAGGGCAUGGAAUCUGAUACCGAAGACGAAGCGGACGAUUUCCGUAUGACCACCGAUGACUUUGAGUAUCCAAUACCCCUUCCACGCGUUAGUGAAGUUUAUAAACAAGCAACACCUGUCCUCAACCUGAUGGCCAAAGACCCUACCAACGACAAGCUCAGCCAACAGCUCAUGCAGUUCAAUGAGAAGAUUAGAGUGGAUAAUGUCAAAGAGAAACUCCAUGAACACGACUGGCAGAUUCCCGUUGAAUGGUUCAUUACACAUUACGGACUAAUUAGAGAGGCGCGUAGCCGUCUCCAGGCAAACCCGGAGGACAACCAAGCAAAGCGCGAAAUUAUGGCGGAGGAAUCAUUGAUCGACAAAGAGAUUCAGCUAAAGCAUUUCCCCACACAGUGGUCAAUCUCAGCGGCAGAUGAAGCUUGGAAAAAGCAGCAAACCACCAAGAUUGUGUAUCCCUGGCCAACUAAGGUUCUGCCGGAUGGGUCUGUCAUUAUAGGAGUCAAAAGAAAUGGCUCUCAAGGCCGGCAGGUCUGUGUCGAGAUAGAGGAGGCAGGGAGAACUGUCCGCUAUCUCAAGCCAGCCUACAAAGUUGGCCUAAGAGCAGUCGACGAGUACGCUAAAGAACAGGGAAAAUAUAAGAAUCUUGCAGAGGAACAGUCGAAGUGGUCUAAAGAGAAUCGAAACGAUAUCGCGGAGCUUCUCUGGGUAACCAGCUCAGUCGUUAAGGGCGACCCCCCGAAGAGAGAUCCUGUUGCCUACUGCUGUGUUAGGCUUUACAGCGGUAAACUGGAUAUCCUCACCAGAUCGAGCCUAUGCAAGGUUUGGGGGGAUAAGGACGCAAAGACCGCGAUCAAAAAGGUCUGCGACAGAGAUCAAAUUCUAACACCAUGGGAGGCUCGCGAAGCUAGCUAUAGCAAC